CUUCGAGGAGCAUAGAAGUCUGCGUGUAUUAAUCCAUCUUAGUUUAAGCAUAAUUAUUACUUCUACAAAAUGUUCAAGGCUCGUUGUUUGUUAGUUGUUUGUUCUUUAAUCGUACUGGUGAAAGCAGCCCCUAUAGACAAGGACAGUGACGCUAAAAUAUUAAGUAAUGUAUAUACAAUUGAUGAAAAGGGAAAUUACAAGUUCAGUUUCAAGACUUCAAACGGAAUAACGAGAGAAGAAACAGGAUCGGUUUUUAAUGCUGGCGAACCAAAUGCGUAUAUCUUCGUUAUUGGGAGUUAUUCUUACUUUGAUACGAAAGGACAAAAACAAAUAGUCGAAUACAUAGCUUCAGAUAAUGGAUAUAAUAUUUCUCCGCAAAAGCCUUAUGGUGAAAUGGCUGAGUUCGGUCUACCUGGAAGCGUUGUAGCAACGCUACUUGGAAAAAUGCAGUGCUUAUUACUUCUUUGUUUUAUAGUGCUAAUGACUAAUGCUGCACCUUUAAAAAACUCUACAGUAGAGGAGAGUGAUGCUCAAAUAUUAUCCAACGAGUAUAUAAUUUAUGAAGAUGGAAAUUACAGAUUCAGUUUUAAAACUUCAAAUGGGAUAACAAGAUCAGAAACGGGAGCAAUAAUAAAUAAAGGGCAGCCCAAUGAGCAUGUUGAAGUAAAAGGCCAAUAUACUUACUUUGACACCGACGGAAAAGAAGAAUUGGUUCUUUACAUUGCUGACGAAAAUGGAUACAGACUUCGGAUGCCAGAGAAAUCAUUACCUGGUAAGAAAAAAACUAAUAAUAGAUUACUUUCAAGCGCUGUUGCAUCACUGCUUGGUUGAUAAAUUCACUGAAAAGGUGAAAAGUGGAGAAUCAGGUCUUAUGGU